UACAAAGAGAAGAUGAAGGAGCUGUCGGUCCUCUCCCUCAUCUGCUCCUGCUUCUACCCAGAGGCACGCAACAAGCUUGUGUGUGAGUUUGAAGACAUGGAGGUGAAAGCUAUAAACAAGCGAGCCUCUGGCCAGGCCUUUGAGGUGAUUCUCAAGCCUCUGUCGCCUGUGUCCGAUGUGGCCCACAACCUCCCCUCACCCCCAAAGAGGGAUAUCUCCUUGGAGGACAUUGAGAAGAAACUUGAGGCUGCUGAAGACCGGAGGAAGUAUCAGGAGGCCCAGUUGCUGAGGGCUUUGGCAGAAAAACGAGACCAUGAGAGGGACGUGUUGCUAAAGGCUAUGGAAGAGAACAGCAACUUCAGCAAGAUGGCUGAGGAGAAGCUCCAGAUGAAGAUGGAGCAGAUCAAGGAGAACCGUGAAGCCUAUCUGGCAGCCAUGCUUGAGCGUCUACAGGAGAAGGAGAGACAUGCAGCUUUGGUGCGCAAGAACAAAGAGCUGAGGGAAGAGCUGACAGCGUGA